AACACAUUUGCACACUUAUACGUAAAUGAAGGCAUCUCAAAUAAUCUUACCCUCUCUAGCAUUCUACGGUUCAUACAUCUCGCCUUACAAGACGUUGACGAAUUGCGUGCCGGUUGCAGCCCUCACUUGCAACCGUUCCUCAUCCCGAUCUGAGCGCAAAGACCCCCUAAAAAUCUCCAGAGACCUGCACCACAACCUACCCGACGGCCUCAGUGGCCCAAGUACAGCAUGUCCUACUACAACCAACCCUACGGCCCCGGUGCUGCGGGAGGUGGCGCCGCAUCAAACCUCCAAUUCUAUCCUUCGUCCUACUCAAACGUCUCCGGCCACACGACGCCCUCACAGGCCUCUUAUGGCGGAUAUGGUGGCACCAGUAACAGCGCAAGCGCAUAUCCAGGGUAUGGUGCAGGCUCCUCGGCAGGCUUUGGUGGUGGACCUGGAAUGCAGAGUGUUAGUGGCCGCAUGGGAGAUUCCGGCGGGUUGAGAACAGGCUGGCUCGCGGCGUUUGGGACGGAGGGAUAUGAAGGAGAGCCGGGAUUGAUGGAGGAGCUGGGAGUAAACUUUGGACAUAUCAAGACAAAGACACUCACAGUCUUAAACCCGUUGACGCGUCCUUCACCCCACAUCAUGGACGACAGUGAUCUCUAUGGCGGUCUGCUAUUCUUGAUUCUUUAUGGGACGUUCCUCGCCCUCUCAGGCAAAUUCUUCUACGGCUAUAUCUACGGCAUUGCGCUCUUUGGAUCGAUGGCGCUGCACUGGAUGUUCGCCCUCAUGACACCGCCCAUCGACCCCAAUGACUCGGAUCAAAUGGGGCAGGCCCAACGAGAUCAUGGUCAAGGGCCCGAUGGGCGCGGCCAUGGAGGCCACUUCUCAAGCACACUCACGUACUCGCGAAGUGCAAGUGUUUUGGGGUAUUGUUUUCUUCCUCUCGUCUUCACCUCCCUGUUUGGGGUGCUCCUGCCCAUGGACACGGCCAUGGGGUACGUCAUGACGGCGAUGGCGGUGGGAUGGUGCACGUUUAGCAGUUCUGGGAUGUUUGUCAGCGUGGGAAGGAUGAAGGGAAUGAGAGGAUUGGUGGCGUAUCCCCUUGCACUGUUUUAUUCGGGGUUCGGCAUUAUGGGUAUCUUUUCGAGCCGGGGGAGUGGCAUGCUGGAAGGGAAAGUGCUUUGACGACACCGGAUUGGUUUUGUGGAAAAAGUAAUGAUGUUUGAAUCUAAAGAGCUGGAUUGUCCCAGAUGAGAUACAGGCCUUCGUCAACCAGGACCACCGUCGUACCUUCGACUCACCGCUAUUCUGGGCAGCAACGGGGAGGCAGUCAUGAUCAAAGCUGCAGCAAACACAUCCCUCGAUGAUUGAAUGGGCUUCCAAUUGGCAUGACGACCGCUUGAGGGAAUCCUAGCCUUUGGGCCGCACCGCGAGCUAGGCGCCGAAUGCGAAGUCAUAGGGCAGCUAUCACUCUGGGCAGCUCGCGUGAGACAAUGAACUGCUCACCAAACGAAGGAGUAUGGGAUUCAGAAUCCCAUAUGGCAGGAUUUAUAGAGCUUGUGCUGUUGAUUUUUGAGGCCAGGGCAAGCACAAAAGUGGCCAAUAUACCUUGUAGUCGAUGCGGAGAGUAACAUGAAUAAUGACGGACAUCACCGCGACAACGAAUAUUUUGUUCCUUCCA